AUGGCUCUCACUCGCUUCCUCUUCUCCACCUGUCUGGUUUUACUUUCGUUGCUACUCAUCGAGGUCUCUGCUGAUUAUGGCUAUGGCCCAAAACCACCACAGGUUGAGCAACCAAAACCUCCACAGGUCCAGAAACCAGAACCACCACAGGUUGAGAAACCAAAACUAGAUCAAUUGUAUGGAGAGCUACUACCUCACAAACUCUUCGGCAUUCAAGGGAUUAUUUUAUGUAACUCAGGCCUUAAACCUUUCCCAAUUCAAGGAGCCGUGGCAAGGAUUACAUGCGUCGGUGAGGACGAAAAUGGGUAUGAGACUGCGCCAUUCUCCAUGUUAACUGCUGCAACUGAUGCGAAGGGUUACUUCUUUACAACAUUGUCGCCUUCAAAGCUUCAAGGCAAUUACAACAAGAAGUGGAAGCUCACCGAGUGCAAGACAUUCCUUGACAAUUCUCCAUUGGAAAGCUGCAAAGUCCCCACUGAUGUCAACCAUGGUAUUAGUGGUGCUCCGCUUGCUUCUUAUCGCAAGCUCAAUGUCAAGGCCGAGAACAUGAAGCUGUUUUCUGUUGGACCCUUCUACUACGCCCCAACACCUAAACCAACCCCUAAUGGCUAUUAG